AUGCAGCCGCCUGCAACCGAGCAGAAGCCCAAGCCGUCUUCAUCUGCGGACCGGACGCCGGAAGAGCUGGAAGCACGACAGGAGCGGUUGAGGCGGGAGUGGGAAGAGCAGCAAAGGAAGAGGGAAGAGGAGGCUCUGCGCAAGAAGCAGCUGGAAGAAGAAGCUCGCCGCAGGAGAGAAGAGGAGGCUCUGCGGCAGAAGCGAGAAGCAGAGGCCUUGCAAAAGAAGCAGGAGGAGGCUGCACGAAAGAGGCAGGAGCAGGAAACUCCGAGGAAGGCACAACAGUCAGUUCAGCUGAAGACUACCCCUACACAGCCGAGAGUACCCACACCAGGGCCUGUCCCGGAGCAGCCUUCAGCAGUCGAAACACAAAGACCCAUUCUCGAACCUUCCGUUAGUCAAGACAGGAAGGAUGUUGUGGACAACGUCAAGCGGGUACCUGACGAGCAACUGCCUUCCCACCAGGAGCGUCAGCGAUCGAACCUCGAGAAGCGCUUCUCUGUCCUGAUGGAUGAGCUGCUGCCCAAGAUCGCCAUUGUCACCCAGAAAGUCAACACCUAUACUGGAACGGACUACUCAGGCGUUGAGGCUUUGAGGAGGGAAAUUCAAGAACAAGAGAAGCUUGUCAAAGCUCGCCGUCUUGCGAUCGACUCGACCAAAGAAGCCCUCGAUGCGGCUCUUGAAAAGCAGGCCGCCUCGCAGAAAGAGGUCGUUGCCCUCCUCGAACGCAAGCACUCCUGGUCGUCCAGUGAUCUUGAACGCUACAUGUCCCUAAUCCGCUCCGAACACCUCAACGACAAAGCUGUAAGGGAGGCUAAAGAGGCUGUCGACGCUGCUGAGAACGCGCUGGAAGAGGCAAGAAGCUAUCUGGAGAAAAGGGAGCGUGCACAGUAUCACGAAGAGCAGAUCUGGAGCGACACGAUUCGACGGAACAGCACCUGGGUCACCUUUGGUCUGAUGGGCGUUAACAUCUUCCUCUUACUCCUCAGUCUGCUCAUUCUCGAGCCAUGGCGAAGGAGGCGGAUGGUCAGGGAGAUCAAAAGCGCGCUGGAAGCGCAGCAGGCUACUGCUGAAGCAGCUCUGGUCCCAACUCCUGCAGCCCAAUAUGUGAUGGCCAAUCCUCCAGCAUCCACAGUGUCACAAGCUGUACCCGCUGCCGCUGCCGAGCCCAGCAUCGACGAGUCACCGACCGCAGGAACAGUAGAGCCGUUGCGCAUCACAGACGAGCAUGGCAACCAGAUUGGCAAUGUCAUUGACGAAGUUAUCGAGCCCGCAAUCGACCCAGCAGUCCCUGGUGCCGCACCUCUGGUACCUGAAGACGCAGAGACCACACCACAAGAAAGCAUAAACAUCCAGAAGGAAGCCCGGGGGUCAAUGUCGACGAGCGAGAAGAUUUGGGCUAGGCUCGGUUUGUGGCAGAGCAGGGCAGCCAUCGUCGCCGAAGACAUUGUGAGCGAUCGACCCAUCUCGAUGCGGCGAGUCGAUUUCACCACCGCCAUCUUGCAAAGUGCUGCUGCAGGUGCUGUCGUUGCAGCCUUAUCCAUUGCGCUGCUGCUCAGGCCUAACUAA